ACAUGAAAUCUAUUCCAUUUGCAUUUUUACUUAUUUUCUGUGUCGCAAUAUGGGAGUUGGGAUCAUCAAAUCCCGUUGCAAUGAGCUGUGACAGUUGCGGAUCUGAAUGUGCAAGAGCUUGUGGUACACGACAUUUCAGAAGUUGCUGUUUUAAUUAUGUAAGAAAACGAUCUUUAUCAUUCCAUCCUUAUUCGUUAAACAAGCUUCGAUAUAACAUCCUUUUUCACUUAUAUCCCAACAGCGGAGAAAUGAUGGAUAAAAAACAUAGCACAGUGGAACAGGAACAUGAAUCUCGCAAAGAUGAUGCCUCUUCAUCUCUCAAUCAAAUUGAAAAGAAUCGAAAUCUUAACAAAAACUUUUUUAAACCUUGGAAAGAAAAUUCAUUAGGAGAUUAUUCCUUUAUAAGCACAGAUUAAGAUAUUAUCAAAAACCAGAGCAAUUGAUGUAUGAUGUUUGAUUUUCAGCAUGAAAUUCAAUGAUGUUUAACUAAAACUUUCCUUGUUGCAUCACGCUAAUUUCCAUUUUGUUUUGUUGCUAACGGCUGGAGCAACUUCUGUCACCUAAAGUGGUAUUUACUGUGAUGUAAACUUUGUAAUUAAAUGUGACUGAAACUUAUGCUCAGAAAUGUAAUUUUUGGAGAAUAUUUAUGAAAAUAAAUAAUAUGUUUAAAACGAUAUUUAAGAUUCUGAUAUACCUAAUUUUCCAUUUAUUUUCUUUUUAUGCAUUUUUUGUUCACAAUAUUUUUUUCUAGUCAAUUUGAAUUUGUAAAUAGAGCAAAAAAGUUUGAACAUCAAUUUAGGAUGCGAAUAAAAUUAUAAAGAGUUUCACAUUUUGAACUAAAGUUUAUUAUCGUGGGGUUUGCAUUAUGCAAUGAUCCGAAAGAAAAUCAAAUUAUCAAUUAAAAUAUUUAAUUCGAAUGAUUAUCUUAAAGAAACAAAACUUACAUAUUUAUUUACAUUCACAAUAUUAAAAAAAAUAUUAAAAGCAAUAUUAAAAACACCAAGUUGUGUGAAUUAGGAAACUAAUGACUUGGGAAAUGAACACUUAUUGCAAUCAUAAAUUUUUACUACGUCAAUCAGAAUGUUUUUCAAAGUUUAAAUAAAACUACAGAUGAUUUGUUGCAUGAACUUUCCUUAGUGUCCUUAUAAAUCCUUAUUUCGAUACAUCUACAUAUGUAUGGAUAUUCCAAUUUUAUUUGGAUAUUAAGUGUCAUAUGAAAUUAUUUUAUUUGCAUUUAUUUAUUUUUCUUUCGCAUUUGCAUAUAAUUAGGUAUUUUCUAUCAAGAUGAUAUUAAUCUUCUUGUUUCCUUUACAUAAGUUUUUAAUAAACAAAAACAUACUCAUAAAAUUCUUUAUAACCAAAUAAAUUUUCAUUUUCUCAGUGGUAGCCGACGAAUUUCAGCGUUAAUCUAGAGCAUUCACCAUCAAAGUUCAUUUCAAUUAUGCUACAUAAUGUCUGCUUUUAAUUUUAUUCCAAGCUCUAGUUUUCUUCCUUCAAUUAAUUCUCGUCUCUCAUGUUUACUACAAAAUCAUUGUUUGAAGAAUUUUCUAAAGAUCGACUCUUUUUGUGUACUAGCAAUUGUUUUAUAAACAUUUUCACAUUUGACACUUUUAAGAACUAAGCACAUUAAUAAAUAAAAUAAUGAUAGCUUUUAUAUUUUUACUUUAUAAAUUUAUGAAACAUUUCCUCUAUCGUCAAAAAACUUAGAUUUUUUUUUGUUUUAAAAUAUCUAAUUCGUAUCAAAUCAUAUUCUUUCUCAUACUUAUUUAUAUUAGUUAAAUUACAAUUAAGUGUUGUGUGAAUAGUAUUUAGUUUAAAGUUACCUAUAUCUCGUUACGAGAGUCAUGAAUUUACUUUGAAAUGUAGAUAUAUAAUUUAACUAAAACGUUAAUUUUUCAAUGUUAUCAUAAUUAUGUAUUUUUUAAAAAGAAAAUUUGAUAAAAGUUAAUUUAAUUUAUUUUUAAUUUUCGCGUGCGCCAGCAACGUUACUAAUUUUUUAUGUGAGUCACCUACAAUCCAACCAUGUUGUUCAGGUUGUUGGGGCAAAGCUGAAUCUUCAUUGUCACCAUCUGCAGUAUCACCUUGUUCUUGGUCACUUUCUGAUGAUGAAGAUGACCAGUAAUAAAGUUUUUCUGAACUGUUUCGCUUCGUUCUAUUGCACGCACUUUGUGAUGGAUCUAAUAUGUCGUGCGUUAUGGCAGAUGCGAAGGUAGUAGAUGACACAUCUACAUGUUUGAGAUCAUUUGGGAUGAGCUUUAGCUCUUUAAGCGUUGUCAUAUCGCAUGUAUUGCAACUUUUUGAUAAGGUCAUCAUUGACUUUUUAGUUUUGAAUGAAACAGUUUUAUGGUCGUUUUCCUCAUCUUUUUCAUUUUCCGACAAUGAACUCUCAUUUAAAGUUGAAGUUUUUGAUUUUGUAUUCAAAUUAAGUUCAAAAUCACUAUCUGAAUCAUAAGCAAUGUUUUUAAUUCUAUUUCGAGGCCGCUUUCGAUGUUUAUGAAUUUUUUUCUUAUGACUGCUAAAAUUAUUUGAAAGAUUUACAAAUUUCUUCUGAUUUUUAUAUGAUUUUUCUGACUCUGCCUUCGAUAUCAUUGACUUGGAUUUUAUUUCAAAAGUUUUAUUUUCCAAUGGGAAGCUUCUUAAGGUUUCUAAAUUAAUUUUCCUUAGCGUUUCCUUGGU